UCAUCAAACUUAAACGCGUCAUUUUCGAGUAUGACUAAUUCUUUUCGCCUUUAUAAAUCCCAAUAACAAUUCAACAUUAUUAAUUCACUAUUUAUCAUCUUCAAAAUCAAUAACUUCCUAAUUUCUAUCCAUAUCCUCUGAAUUACAGCCAUUUUUGCUCUCAUCAUUCAUUCUAAAUCCUAAUCAUUAUCUUUUCUUUAUUCAAUCUCCUUCCGAAUUCCAUCAAUUACACAAAAAAUCUAACCAAAUACUGCUAAAUAUGGUUUACAAAACCCUAGAAAUCACUCUAAUUUCCGCAAAAGAUCUCAAAAAUGUUAACCUAAUCGGAAAAAUGGAUCCAUAUGUGGUAGUUCACAUCUCAGAUGAACCGAAAAACAAGCAAAAAACUCCAGUUCAUCAAGAUGGAGGAAUCAAUCCGUCAUGGAAUUACACCAUGAGAUUUACUUUCGAUGAUUCUACUGCUACGAAACCUGGUAAGUAUUUGAUUAUGACUCUUAAACAUGAACAAACUUUUGGAUCUGAUAAAGAUUUGGGUGAAGUUCUUGUUCCUUUAAAGGAAUUGUUAGAUGGGUUUAAAGAUCCAAAUUCCUCCCAAUUUGUUACGUAUCAGGUUAAAAGGGUUUCUUCUGGGAAACCUCAAGGUGAGCUUAAAUUGUCUUAUAAGAUUAUGGAUAUGAAUCAAAAUCUGGGUUCUAGUAGUUCUUCUGGGGUACCUUACCCUCCAACUGUAGGGUAUGGUGGUGGAGCACCAUACCCUCCUCCAUAUCAACACGGUGGUUCUGUGUACCCACCUCCACAAUCACAUGGACCAUACCCUCCAGUUGAAGGGUACCCUCCAAAGGCACAACCCCAAUCAUCUGUUGCUGCUGGUGUACCUUACCCUCCUCCUGAAGGGUACCCUCCAAAGGCACAUUCACAAUCACAUGGACCUUACCCUCCACCUGAAGGGCACCCUCCAAAGGAACAAUCACAAGCACACUCAGUUGCAUCAGGGGUACCAUACCCUCCACCAGCAGGAUACCCACAUGGAACAGGAGUGCCAUAUGCUGCAGGAGCACCACAUGGGUACCCUCCAUACGGAGGGUACCCCCCUCCUCCUCCACCUCAUGUAGGUGGAAGUGGAGCAUAUGGGUAUGGGUACCCUCCACAGGGAGGGUACCCUAACCCAAGUUAUCCACCUGCAGGGUAUGGGCAAAAACCACAGAAACCAAAGAAGAAUAAUUUUGGAAUGGGUUUGGGAGCUGGACUCUUGGGAGGAGCUAUUGGAGGACUUGUUCUUGGAGAUAUGGUGGAUGAUGCUUUUGAUGUGGAUUGUGAUUUCUAGAUGGUGGAAUUCAACUUUAUUUUGCUAAUUUUAUAUUUUUAUAUGGUUUUGUAAAGAUUUGGCUUGCUGAUAAAUCCAGAUUCCAGAUAUAAUAAAUAGUUAAAGCUAACUAAGUAUUUCAAUUUCAAUUUCAAUUUCAA